GUUGGGCUUGCAGUUUGUCCUUACACGUUGAGGAACACAUCCAAUGACUGGAAUAUAUGUUGAAACUUUUAACUUAUCUCAGUAAGAUUUUUUGUUAAAAAAACGCAUGGAUAUCUACUUUUAAGGCUUUUCACAAUGCGGUCCCUCAGUAUAUGGUUCAUAUUCUUUGGCAAUGAAAAGUUUUUCUUGACAGACAAAUAAUAAGAACACAUCAACAGAAAGUUGGCUUAGCCAACAACGAAGCCUUGUCCGCUAGCGCCCCUCAAUGGACUAACUGGUGGAUUGCAAAUAAGUGGGAAUUUUCAAGCGACAGGACAAGAGGACAGGAUCAUGGCAGACUCCAUGUAUUCCGACCUGAUAGCCAGGCACUACAAUUUCACCGGAAAGGGACGGAAAGACUCGGGACUGAAGGCAGAUUCUGUUAUCUUCAUCAUUGUGUGCUGCUUCAUCAUCCUCGAGAAUAUACUGGUCCUUCUGACCAUUUGGAGGACCAAGAAGUUCCACAAACCCAUGUACUACUUCAUUGGGAACCUGGCUCUGUCGGACUUGCUGGCCGGGGUGGUGUACACUGCAAACAUCCUGCUGUCUGGGGCCAACACUUACAAACUGACCUCCAUGCAGUGGUUCUUCCGGGAGGGCAGCAUGUUCGUUGCCCUGGCAGCCUCCGUGUUCAGCCUCCUGGCCAUCGCCAUCGAGCGGCACCUCACCAUGCUGAAGAUGAAGCUCCACAACAGCGGGAACACCUGUCGCGUCUUCCUGCUCAUCAGCACGUGCUGGUUCAUCGCCGCCAUCUUGGGCGGGCUCCCCAUCAUGGGCUGGAACUGCAUCAGCAGCAUGAACAGCUGCUCCACGGUGCUGCCCCUCUACCACAAGACUUACAUCCUCUUCUGCACCACCGUCUUCAGCGUCAUCCUCAUGGCCAUCGUCAUCCUCUACGCCCGCAUCUACGCGCUGGUGCGCACCCGCAGCCGCAAGCUGGUCUUCCGCAAGGUGUCCAACGGGCGCGGGAGCAAGAGCUCGGAGAAGUCUCUGGCGCUGCUGAAGACGGUGAUCAUCGUGCUGAGCUGCUUCAUCGCCUGCUGGGCGCCGCUCUUCAUCCUCCUCCUCCUGGACGUGGCCUGCGACAUUCGGAAGUGCGACAUUCUGUACAAGGCCGAGUGGUUCCUGGCGCUGGCCGUGCUCAACUCCGCCAUGAACCCGCUCAUCUACACGCUCACCAGCAACGAAAUGCGCCGCGCCUUCCUGAAGAUGCUCCUGUGCACCGUCUGCAGCAAGCCGGGGGGCAAGUUCACGCGGCCAAUCAUCGGCGCCGAGUUCAGCAGGAGCAAGUCCGACAACUCCUCCCACCCCAACAAAGAGGAGCCGGAGUACUCCCCCCGGGAGGCCAUCGUCUCCUCUGGGAACAUCACCUCCUCCUCCUAGGAAGCCUCCUGCCUUGUGGAGUGUAAAUAUCCCUCACCACUAAUUAAUGACUGUGUGUGUGUGUGUGUAUGCGUUUGUGUGCUGAUGUUUGCCCUGGACAUUCCCCCAUCUGUAAUAUUUUUCAAAGGUAUUCCGUAGCACCAUGGGAAGGGCUGUGGCACAGCGAGAACUCUUUUGCCAGGAAAAAAAGGGCUAAACUGGAAGGAAAUGUGUACAUAACUACCGAUUCUUACUUGAACUGGAAACUGUUUUGUUUCUGUUUCUAUGCCUGGAGGACUGCCAGUACUGGAGUUCUCCCACUUUCACAUGAAGAUGCCACAGGGAAGCACUUAGCACCUGAUUUGUAACCCUGACUAAUGAGUAUUACCCUUCGAAGCAAGCCGUUUCAGUUCAAGGUGUAUUUGUAUAUUACGUACAGCACUUGUUGUAAAAGUGCACAUGAAGAACUGUUACAGACAUUACUGACACUCUAAAAUGAGUCUUUUGAAAGAGUGUAGUCUGUAGGUAUUAUUGUUGUUAUUAUUAUUAUUAUUAAUAUUAUUAUUAUUAUUAUUAUUGUUAUUAUUAUGUAAGGAAUACAUCUGAUGCAUUUGUAUUUCUUUGACGUAAUCCUAAAUUUGAGUUCCAUGUAAAUCAUUCCCCAGAUUGAGAAUGUAUUUUGUGCUUAAUUUUCUUUUAUUGGAUAAACCAUUGUUCCUGUAGCUGUGCUGUGUAGUUGUAAUAAUAAUAAACCUUGGAAACCGUUAAAAGCAUUAUUGUCUGGAUGGGGGCUAGACUGAGUAAGCCUGAAUGAGGUUUAUUUUCUUUGAACAAUCCGGCUUUUUCAUUCUUUCUCUUUCUGUGUUGCCAUUGGAUAUGUUUCUGUGUAGAUUUUUGCAUGGCCUGUCCAUUGUGUCUCCAUAUACUGAUGUCCACUUGUGUAGACUUGGCUUUCAUCUAAUGCCGCAAAUCAACAGUUCUAUUUGUACAAAGUACUGUACAUGAAAGAGGCAGGAUUAACCAUGGAAUACAUCAACAGUGAUUACAGUAAUAAGCUGAUGUAAAAGGCCCUAAUCAUCUCUCAAACCUGUUUCCUGGGGCUGUUUGUAUUAGUCUGAAACCAUGUUCAAACCACAUUUGAAUAUUGAUAUAAUUCAAAUGUGGUAAAACAUUCCACUGAAACUCUUAUUUUGUUUUUUUAUGUAAAGAACUAAAAAUGUAUUUGCUUUGUUUGACUCCCCUUUAUGCCAAGUAUAGAGGCAUAUAGUGAGAACCAAUUCAAUGAAGUUGAAAUUGCCAAAAUGUGUAGCUCUUUUGUUGUCCCACCUCUUAUUUGCACACCAUAAUGUUUGUUUUGUGUGAUUAUUGUUGCUAGAUGGUAAUAAAAAAUGAAACAAAUGAAAA